AUGCAUCCCGCCUUCCAAGUGUCUGUAGUACUGUACCUUCUUCUGCAUGGGAUCUCUCGUUUGUCUGCCUGGCCUGCCGUCUUGUCGCCGCCUCGGAGUGUUGCAGCUCCCCCAGCUCUGUCCGCUAGUAAUAAUAAUCCUCAUCCCGAGUCAACAGGAUUGGGGCUCUCCAUGCUGUCCGAAUCGGCCAACUGGGGGGGGAAGGGGAGGGCGCGUCGUGGCUCCGAUGCGGCCCCCUUCCAAUCUUUUGGUCCCUGUCGGUGCACGCACACAGCGUCUCCGCCCAGACGUUCGUUGCCCAUGACUCGACACAGCUCCCAAAACAGCGACAGCACGAGUCUUGCUCGGUUUCUGCCUGCAUCGAGCUUCGUAUCGAAUGACUUUGGCUUCUCCGUGCGAGAAGAAGACCAGAACAAAGCCAAGUUUCCGCAAUCAUUUCCCAUCAACUCAAAUCACACCCAUCACAAUCGCCCCCAGCACCGAACCGGACGGAACUUGUCUGCUCCGCGCCUCCAUGGAUAUCGCAACGGCCAACUUUUGCCGUGCCGGAUCUGCUGGCUGUGGCAAUUUGGGGAUGAUGACCUGGGAAGGACCCUGUCAUUCCUCAACUUCUACUGUACUGAGUACUUGCCUCUAGGGGACUUUGCAACAGCACUUGGUUUUUUGUCUUUCUCGAGUCUCCCAACAAAAGAUCCCGCGUUUGAUGUCAAAAAAGCGUAUCUCGGUACCUUGAGCUUGGGGUCAGUACCGGACGGACGUAACUUCUUAGGGCUUGCGGCAUUAGGAAACGAAAAGAGAGGGAGGGAGACCAAACGUGGAGAAAAGAAGAAGAAGAAGAAAAAACGGGCGUGCGUUUUGCGUGGUUCUUUGAUGGGCAGCGGAUAUCGCUACGAAGGAAGACCACAAGACAAAAUGUCCGAAAAGGUACAAAGCGGCAUCAGCAACCACGGCGCCAAGAGCGUUAUUACUAGUAGCAAAGCGUCCCAACUCCACACCCCGGCUGUCGCCUGA